GCAGGGUCCUGCUGCGGGACGUGCAGGCGCUCACUCUCCACAAGGGCCAGUACACGGCGUCUCGGCGGACGGCUGCGGUCCCUCAGCUGCAGUGCACAGGAGGCGCCGCGGGAUGUGCCCGCGUCCCUGAGGUCGUGCAGUGUUACAACAAAGGCUGGGAUGGCUACGACGUGCAGUGGCAGUGCAACGCAGACCUGGAGAGCACCUUACGUUUUGGGCAAAUGGAAGUGAGCUGUGAGGGCUACGAUUACCCAGAUGAUCCUUACAUCCUGAGGGGCUCCUGCAGUUUGCUGUUCAGGCUGGAGCUGACUGAGGAAGGUGAAAGGAAAGCCAAGAGCUACGGAGGCUUUGGCUUUAGCUACCCUCAGCCGGGGAAGGGUUCUUCGGACUGCGGCGCUGGAGCGGUGGUUGUACUUGUUCUUCUGCUUCUGGCUUUUGGAGUGUACAAGCUCUUCCUUGGGAACCAGCAGCCUCAGCAGAGCUUUGGUGAUGGCAAUGGGUUCACCAGGCCCUCCUGGCAGAGUCAGCAGGCACCUCCUCCUCCUGGUUUUAAGUCCAGCUUCACAGAAGACAACAGCUUUGGGACUCAUUCAACUCAUGGAACCCAUUCAGGACCAGGAUUUUGGACUGGACUUGGAGCAGGAGGCUUGCUAGGCUACUUGGCUGGCAGUCACAGAGCACAGCCACACCCCCGCUACGGCAGCAUGUGGACCGGUCCCGCCGCUGCACCUCCCAUGAAUGGGUGGUCAGACAAUUCCACACAAGGCAGCAGGUCAGGAACAAGAGCUGCUUCUGGCUUUGGGGGCACAAAACGAAGAUGA